UUAGUCUGAAUGUGAUUCUGCUUAUCAGGCCGACUUUGACUUGAAUGCAGAUUGCACAAAAACUUGUCUAAGCGUUAUAUGAGCUAGAAAAGAUAGUAGAAAAGAUCUAUGACAUUUUCGUAUUUCAGCGAUUCUUUAGAAAAUUCGAAAAAGAUGUGUUCAAAUGAAAUUUGCAGUGAUUGAAAUCCGUCGUUUCAUCCUCAAAUUCAAAGAUGAUCGUCAAAAUAAAUAUUCUGCUCGGAAUUUUCAGUGUAUUUCCACUGAUAAUAUAUAGUGAAAACAGUGCAAAAUGUUACAAUGAAUAUUGUGGAACUCCAAUGGGUUUAAUAAUUCUUCCGAUUUUUCCGUAUUCAGCAUCGUGCGGAAAUGAUUACGUUAUACACCAGAGUAAGUGUCCAUUGAAGAGUCAAUAUUGCUGUCCAGUUAUUCCCCACGAUGACGGUGUUAUAUUAUGCAAAGACAGUUAUUAUAAAGGCGAUUGUAAAUCAUAUUUUAUGCAUGGAAAACAUUGUGUAAAUGUAGAUGAGGAUGACAAAAAUGCCAUAAGUUCAGUAAAUACGCUCGGUAAUUGCGUUCGGCUCUACGAUGAUGCCAAUUGUUUGGGGAAAUCGCGUCCAUUAUAUCCGGGAAGUCCGCGUCACAAUGAUUUAUUGCAAUUGAAAUUCAACGACAUAACAAGUUCGUUCGGAAAAUGUUAUGAUAAUGAUAAUAAUUGCGAUUCGCAAGUGGAUGGAACAAACGAUUGUACAUUCACCAUUGGCAUUCUACCAUGGGCUUUGAAAGAUCGAAACAAUUUACCAAGUCCGAUUAUUCUCUUUCAAACCGGACCAUAUGAUCGAGCGGAAGUAAUGGAAGCGCAGAUUGAAGCGAAACAUUUGAACACGGGCACUGCCGCAAGUCAAAAUGCAUACAAGUAUGCCAAACAAAUGGGAAAUAUUGACGAUAACGCUGGACAUAUUCUGUCAACGCGACUCGGUGGCUCGGGUACGGAUUUGAGAAAUAUAUUUCCACAGAGCCGACUUUUCAACCACAACAUUUGGUCCCAAAUUGUUAAUUUUGUAGCAGAUACUGUGGAAAGACAUGGCGGAGCACAUUUUACAGUGAAUUUGUUGUAUGACGGUAUUAGGGAUACAAGACCGUAUAAAAUCGUUUAUAGAGUUAAGUCGGAAAAUUCAACUGAUGUAUUGUUUGUAAAUGACUUACUUAAUCCAUAACUGUAGUGAAGAGAGCUUUUUUGGUUUGAUAGAAACCUAGUUUAUAUCGAAAAUAGUGAAUUUUAUAAAUGUUUUGGAGAUGAUCAAUAAAAUUUUUUGGAAAUUA